CGCACAUGUGCUGGCUGGGUUUAAUUUCCGAGCCCACGCGAAGGAACCAAUAUGGACAUAUUCCAAAGACUUCAAAAUGACACUUUGAAAGAUCUGGGACUGUUCACGUGCAAUGUGGAGUGAUAUAAUCCCAACAGCUCGUGGAAAUGACAGAAAUGACGAAACGGGUACAGUUUGAGGAUGACAGUAACAGCCAAGUUGAACCGCUGCAUCGCGCAUGUGCGCUGGGAUCCUUAGACGACAUUCGGGACUUCUUCAACAGCAAUCCAAAACUAGACGACCAUUUCUACGAAGGGUUGUCUCCCUUGCACGUUGCGAUACUGAGUGACCGCACUGACGUCAUCGAUGUGAUAGACGUCCUCGUCAACAAUGGCGUCGACGUGAAUGCUCAGACAGAGACGAAUAAAGACACAGCCCUCCACCUAGCGGUAGAAAACGGAGAGUUUCCUCAAAAUUAUGACGUCAUAGUCAAAUUAAUCGACUGCAAGGCCGAUGCUGAAAUCCGCAAUAAGCGACUCCGUUCCGCCUAUGACUGUGCACUGGCCAAAGGCCACGACUUGGUUGCCUCAACGCUGGACGGUUCCAAAAGCACCAACGAGGUGCAGAAUUCCUACCGUGAACGAUACGGGGAGAAGUAUGCUCCCAUCCUGAACGAGGCAGUGUUGGAGAGCGAUGAGGACACUAUGAAGGAGUACAUCAAGAAGGGUGCAGAUCCCAACUACAUCAACAAGUAUGGCGCCGGCGCUAUCCACUAUGCACUCACUCGAUGUACACUUCCUGUCAUGCGCGUGCUGGACAUGCUUAUUUCCGCUGGGGCGGAUGUUGAUCUCCGAGAUGAUGAAGGCGACAGUGCUCUUAACCUGGCCAUCAAGAACGAGGAUCUUCGCAAGAGCGGCCAGAUGAUGCAAGUGGUCAAUCUUCUCCUUGAGUGUGGCGCCGAUGUCACCUUUAAAGAUCUGGAUGGCAAGGACGCACUUACGCUAGCCAAGGAGAGGCAAUACAGCGAUGUUGUUGCGGUGUUGAACAAGUCCAAGUCGGAACACGUCAAGGAAGGAGAACAGAGUCCCGAGCCAUUGCCGGAGAGUAGUUCGGAGCAAUCUCCGGAACCAGUGCCAGUGCCAGGUACUCCAUUGCCGGAGAGUAGUUCGGAGCAAUCUCCGGAACCAGUGCCAGGUACUUCUCCGGUUCCCAAACCGGAAACAAUGUCAUCACCGGAACCGGAACACGUGGUGAUGGAAGCCUUGGAGGACACACGUGAGACCGAUGGCAACGUGAACAAACCGAAUGAGGACGGGCUGUAUCCAAUUCACCAGGCCGUGUUGAAGGACGACUCUGACGAGAGGCAGAAGUUGUUGGAGACGUUGACGGAAGCAGGCGCCGAUGUCAACGUUGUAGUCAAAGGGCUUGGUACGACACCUCUCCACCUGGCCGCGGAGAAGAACAGGGUCGACUCUGUGAAAUUCCUACUGGAACAUGGUGCUGACAAGACCAAGAAGACGCUGCUCGGCAAGACGGCGUUUGACAUGGCGUCGGACAAAGGGCAUACCGAGGUGAUGGAGCUGUUGGGCGACCGCCACGACAUCGUCCAGGACAGGUGGAAGAAGGGGGCCAAGAAGUCAAGCUCCUGCACCAUAUUAUGACCUGCAUACCUACAGCACCUCAGACCCAAGUGCAAUCCAUGUACUCCACGUCUAGUGAUAUUGAACUGUGAUAUAAAGUUGUAGCUUGGGGCGGUUUACAAAACACGAUGUAGGCUUAUUGGGUCAACUGUGUAGCCGUGUACACCACAAUUUGAAAGCACAACAAAAACCACAAGGACAAGAAUAAUCGCCAUAUUGGCAGUCGACCUCCAGAAUGUUUACGCUUAGCUUAUGCCUUAUAUCAGAACGUGUGUGUAUUACGCUACACCCUUUUGAUGAAAGGAGCUUGUCGGAUAUACAUUUCUUGGUACGUUAGCAUUUUUCAAAACGCCAUGGACCAAUAAUUUGAGGUACUUUAAUUGUAAGAUAGGAUAGAGUAAGUGAUGUAAAGUGGUGAAUGAGAGUAAUCUACGGUUAUAACGAACUCAACGGGAUCACUAAUUAUAGUUCAGGAUAACCGUAGUUCGUUACACGCAUUAGGAAUAAAAUAUACUGUGGUUGGGACAGAAAACAACAACAGAACCCCCAGUUCGUUAUAUCCGUCAAUUCGUUAUAAGCGUUGUUUACGGUACAUCGCUAAUAGCAAUGUGCUCACAGCCAUAUUGCAGCGAAAGGUCUUGUGGGACCAUAAAUCGCCUUUACACAUAGUACUCAUUGGCGGAUCCAGAGAAGGGGGGAAGGGGUGUGUGUCUGGGGUUCGAACCCCUUCCCCCCUUUUGAAAAGACUUAAGACCUCAUUGAAGAUUUUUUUUGCGUUGGCGGAGCCAAUGGGGGGUUCAGCGGCUUCGCUGGUACUAAUGCAAGGAAGUGAACCCAGGUGUUUGGCGAGACCAGCCAGCACCUUUACCACUGGCCUACUUCACCCUUCUCGAUGUCAUUUCAGGAUGGGUGAAGAAUCUUCAAAAUCAUAAAGACCUAUCAUAAUUAACACCGUGAUUGUAGUUUUGCUCCACUUUUAAGAACUGACAAUCACUGACAUAAACAUCGUAAAUAAUGUAAGAUGAGAAAUCCUUUCAAUUGAUUCUUCCAGGCAUAUCCACGACUCAUCCAUAAGAGGUUGUGGUCUUCGAGGUAAAAAACAACUAGCGAACCUAUAAUAUAAUGUUUUUGGCACCGUCAGUGACAAUCCUGUGACACUUCAUCACGUUGUUUGUUGUGCAACGCCGCAGUCAACAAUAUUCUGCCUAUUUGGCGGUGUUGUGUAAAAUAUAUUUAUGUCCGCCCUGUAUACUCAUUGUAUAUAUUAUGAUAUUACAUUGUAAAUUAUUUUAUACCGGUGUAUGUUAAUGUAAACAACUGAUCAAGGAAAUAAAUAUUUUCCAAAAACGUG